GUUGACUACAGAAAUGAUCCUAGGUAUCUGUUGCCUGGUCAUAGAUUUGUGUCCUUGCCAACUCUUUUGCUGUCAUUUUCAGGCCAAUCAUUUGGCAUCACCAUGAGUGACAAGGAGUUGGCAUGAUGACACAAAUAGACUGGGACUCAGGCUAAGGUCUGCAGCAGUGAGGAAUGUGUGUGAGAAUGUGGAAGAGCAUGUUGUGGUGAGAACAGAACAGUGGAAGACACACUACAGAUUAUUCAGAAACUAUUCAGGAAGUAUUCAGAAACUAUUCAGGAACUAUUCAGAAGUUUCUGUGCUAGUUUCUGUUCUCUGGCAUGUCUCCAAAGAGACCAAAGUUAACCCUGAAGGAGCUACAAAGCUCCACAGCGGAGAUUGUAGUAUCUGUCCAUAGGACCACUUUUAAGCCGUACUUUUCACAGAGCUGGGCUUUAUGGAAGAGUGGCCAGAAAAAUGUCAUUGCUUAAAAAUAAAAUAAGCAAACACGUUUGGUGUUUGCCAAAAGGCAUGUGGGAGACUCCCCAAACAUAUGGAAGAAUGUACUCUGGUCAUCAUGAUCAAUCUGGCCAUCAAGGAAAACGCUAUGUCUGGCACAAACCCAACACCUCUAAUUACCCCGAGAACACCCGAUGUGUUUUAUUAGGAGGGACUGGAAACUGGUCAGAAUUGAAGGAAUGAUGGAUGGUGCUAAAUACAGGGAAAUUCUUGAGGGGAACCUGUUUCAGUCUUCUAGAGAUUUGAGACUGGGACGGAGGUUCACCUUCCAAGUUGUAAGGCAACAAAAUAUGAAAAAUGCCAAGGGGGGUGAAUACUUUCACAAGGCACUGUAGAUGGCAUUACAGGGCAUUCAGAAGUUAUUCAGACACCUUUGGACACCUUUGGUUACAUUAGUCUUUUUCUAAAAUGGAUUAAAUAAAAUGUCAUCAGCAACUAUAAUUUAACCCAGGAACUAAAAUCUUUGUCUCCUUCUCGACGUUGCAUGCAUUUCUUUAUCUCUCCCUCCCUCUAACCCCUCCUUCACUCCCUCCCUCUAAACUCACCUAUCUGGCAGAACCAGAAUGUCCACACCUCCCCAAAACUAACUUCUGUGGAAACAAAACUGAUCUGAGUCUCUGUAUCGUCUGUUUGUGUGAGAGUGAACAACCAUCCAAAUGGCUCAACAGGGAGUUCAACUGGACCAGGACCAGUUCUGUUGUUCUGUCUGUCUGGAUCUACUGAAGGAACCGGUGGCUAUUCCCUGCGGACACAGUUACUGUAGGAGCUGUAUUGAGGGCUGCUGGGAUCAGGAUGUUCUGAAAGGGGUCUAUAGCUGUCCUCAGUGCAGUGAGACCUUCACUCCAAGGCCUAAUCUGAGGAAAAAUAACAUGUUGGCUGAGCUGGUGGAGAAACUGAGGAAGACAGGACUCCAGGCUGCUCCACCUCCUGCUCUGUGCUAUGCUGGACCUGGAGAUGUGGUGUGUGAUUUCUGCACUGGGACCAGAAAGCAGAAAGCCCUCAUGUCCUGUCUGGUGUGUCUGGCCUCUUACUGUGAGACUCACCUCCAACCUCACUAUGAAUUUCCUGCUUUGAAGAAGCACAAGCUGGUCAAAGCCACCGCACAACUACAGGAGAAGAUCUGCUCUCAUCAUGAAAAACUGCUGGAGGUUUACUGUCGUUCCGAUCAGCAGUGUAUCUGUUAUCAGUGUACAAUGGAUGAACAUAAAGGCCAUGAUACAGUGUCAGCUGCAGCAGAGAGGACUGAGAAACAGAGGCAGCUGGGGAUGAGUCAGCAGAAGGUCCAGCAGAGAUUCCAGGAGAGAGAGAAGGAGCUGAAGGAGCUCCAACAGGCUGUGGAGUCUCUCAAGCGUUCUGCACAGGCAGCAGUGGAGGACAGUGAUCAGAUCUUUACUGAGCUGAUCCGCUCCAUUGAGAGAAGGAGCUCUGAGGUGAAGGAGCUGAUCAGAGCCCAAGAGAAGGCUCAAGUGAGUCAAGCUGAAGGACUCCUGGAGCAACUGAAGCAGGAGAUAGCUGAGCUGAGGAAGAGAAGCACUGAGCUGGAGCAGCUCUCACACACAGAGGAUCACAUCCAUUUCCUCCAGGUCUUGUUCGAAGGACUCCCUAAGCUCUCUCGGGCACAGAGGGAUGAAAUUGACAUUCCUCUGUUGUCACAUGAACUGGCAGAGGCAGUAACCCAGAUGUCCCCGGUCGUGCACCCGGGGUCGAUGGACUUCCAGUGGAAUUUUACAAAAAUUCUGGGGAACAAUUGGACAGGAUUUCUUUUGCGUGUUGCGUGAAUGCGUCGGGGUAGGAGAGUUGCCGAUGAGCUGCCGUCGGGCGGCUCUGACUCUCCUGCCCAAAAAAGGGGACUUGUGUGAACUUAAGAACUGGAGGCCUGUGGCAUUACUCUGUGCGGACUACAAGAUUUUUGCCAAGGUCCUCUCUAACAGACUGAAGUCCCAUCUGGACUCUAUAAUACACAAGGACCAGACAUAUUGUGUACCGGGACGCUCAAUCACGGACAACUUGUUCUUGAUUAGGGACAUGUUGGACUUGUCGAGAGGUUCUAAUGUGAACUUUGGACUGGUCUCUUUAGAUCAAGAGAAGGCUUUUGAUAGAGUGGAUCAUGAGUAUCUGUUUAAUGUGAUGUCUGUGUUUGGGUUUGGGAAGAGUUUUGUGACCUGUGUGAAGUUGUU